UGCUGUUGGAGAGCCAGCGCUUCUCUGUCUCCAUCCUCAGUGAUAGCGAUACAGUAGCGACGUGCACACGCACUGCUGGGGGAUUACAGCCAUUCGAAGCGCAGCACAGCGCGACAUUUCGGACAUACUGCUGGCGGGACGUACAAUGUCGCGACACAUGGCGAUGCUCCUUUUCCUCGCCGUUUCUACGGCUCUGGCGUCGGAGGUGCCCACUGAUGGAGCAGUCGGCCUGCUGGCUGAGCCCCAGGUUGCCAUGUUCUGUGGCAAACUCAACAUGCAUAUUAAUGUGCAGACGGGCAAGUGGGAGUCGGACCCUAGUGGCACCAAGAGCUGCAUUGGCACCAAAGAAGGCAUCUUACAGUACUGCCAGGAGGUCUACCCUGAACUGCAGAUCACCAACGUAGUGGAGGCCAACCAGCCUGCCACCAUCCUGAACUGGUGCAAGAAAGGGCGCAAAAACUGCCGUAGCCACCCGCACAUCGUGGUGCCCUACCGCUGCCUGGUUGGCGAGUUUGUCAGCGAUGCCCUGCUGGUUCCUGACAAGUGCAAGUUCCUCCACCAGGAGCGCAUGGACAUGUGUGAGAGCCACUUGCACUGGCACACGGUGGCCAAAGAGUCCUGUGGCGACCGCUCAAUGAACCUGCACGACUAUGGCAUGCUGCUGCCCUGUGGCAUCGACCGUUUUCGUGGUGUGGAGUUUGUCUGCUGCCCAUCUGAUGCCAGCCAGCUGGACUCAACAGAGUUAGAAGAAGACGACUCGGAUGUGUGGUGGGGCGGUGCGGACGCUGACUAUGUGGAGGGCGGGGAGCCCCGUGAGGUGCAAGUAGAAGAUACUGAGGAUCUGCAGCCCGCCAUGGGUGAGGAUGAUGAAGAUGAUGAGGAUGAGGUUGACGAAGAGCCCGAAGGAGAGGCCAGCGAGCGCACCACCAUCGUGGCCAUGACCACCACAACUACCACCACCACUGAGUCCGUUGAGGAGGUCGUCCGAGAGGUGUGCUCAGAAGAGGCCCUGACCGGUCCUUGCCGUGCCAUGCUGCCCCGCUGGUUCUUCGACCUGUCCAAAGGCCAGUGCUUCCAGUUCAUCUACGGCGGCUGUGGAGGCAACCGCAACAACUUUGAGACCGAAGACUACUGCAUGUCGGUGUGCGGCGACGUGCUGCCCACCACAGCUGCUAGCACCCCGGAUGCAGUGGACAAGUACCUGGAGACACCCGGCGAUGAGAACGAGCAUGCCCACUUCCAGAAGGCCAAGGAGAGCCUGGAGGCCAAGCAUCGGGAGAAGAUGUCCCAGGUGAUGAGGGAGUGGGAAGAGGCAGAGCGACAGGCCAAGAACCUGCCACGUGCCGACAAGAAGGCCGUCAUCCAGCACUUCCAAGAAAAGGUCGAGACACUGGAGCAGGAGGCCGCCAGCGAGCGGCAGCAGCUGGUGGAAACCCACAUGGCCCGCGUGGAGGCGAUGCUGAAUGACCGCCGACGGAUUGCCCUUGAGAACUACCUGACCGCACUGCAGGCCGAGCCCCCCAAGCCUCGCCAUGUGUUUAACCUUCUGAAGAAGUAUGUGCGUGCAGAGCAGAAGGACCGGCAGCACACACUGAAACACUUUGAGCACGUGCACAUGGUCGACCCCAAGAAGGCUGCCCAGAUCCGACCACAGGUGCUGACUCACCUGCGAGUGAUCGAGGAGCGAAUGAACCAGAGUCUGGGGCUGCUCUACAAGGUUCCUGGCAUUGCCGAGGAGAUCCAGGACCAAGUUGAUGAUUUGAUACAGAAGGAGCAGGGUGAGGCAGAGGAGCAACUGGCCGCCCUGCAGAGUGAGCCCAGGAUCAGCUACGGAAAUGACGCCCUCAUGCCCUCCUUGACAGAGAGCCGCACCGCCCCCAUCGAUCUGCUUCCAUCCGAGGAGGGGGUCAUCGGCCUGGAUGGUCUGGGUUAUGUUCACCCCAUCGACUUUUUGCCUGCCAACACAGAGAAUGAAGUUGAGCCAGUGGAUGCCCGCCCAGCAGCUGACCGAGGACUCACCACAAGGCCAGGCUCAGCCCUGACAGGAAUCAAGAUUGAAGAUGUCCCUGAAGUUAGGAUGGAGGCAGAAGUCCGACACUCGGGAUAUGAGGUGCAUCACCAAAAACUGGUGUUCUUUGCUGAAGAUAGUGGUUCAAAUAAAGGAGCUAUUAUUGGGCUAAUGGUGGGAGGUGUUGUCAUAGCAACAGUGAUUGUUAUUACACUGGUGAUGCUGCGAAAGAAGCAGUACACGUCCAUCCACCACGGAGUGGUCGAGGUGGAUGCUGCAGUGACCCCUGAGGAGCGCCACCUCUCAAAGAUGCAGCAGAAUGGCUAUGAGAACCCCACCUAUAAAUUCUUUGAGCAGAUGCAGAAUUAGGGCCACCCAUUGCUAUCUUGUGGGAAGCCCACAUCACACUGACACCCCCACCACCACCCCAUUCCCUCUUGCCUAAACCUUGACCUCCGGCUCAUUCAGCCCCACCACCACCACCACCUCCUCUUCCCUCGUCUUGCAGUGCCCUCUUCCCCAUCUCACACAAAGAUACUGGAGCAGCAGUCGCCAUUCAACCCACACUUAAUGCAGACACACUGACUGCUUUGGCUUCCCAGCAUGCCCUGUUCAGUGGUCUACCAGGUCACCUAUAUAUGUAUAUCUAUAUAUAUAUAUAUCUAUAUAUA